UAAACAUUUUCGGGUACUGGGAGAACCGAGGCUUCUGCUCUGCAAUGUUACCCAGUCAGGGCAAAAGUUUGUGGGCACUCCUGGUAUUUUUGUUGUUUCGACGCGCGCAGGGAAGCUGUCAAAAUGCAGGCCUGUGCUGCCCCGGCCGAGAUUUAUCCUGCGUGACGCAGGGCUGGAGAAUAGACCGGUCCUACGGGGAUUGUUUCUGCGACCAAGCCUGUGUUUCGACGCUGGAUUGCUGUCAUGACUACAACACUGCAUGCCCAGCCAUCGAGUGUUUGGUGAGUGAAUGGGGCCACUGGUCGGCAUGUGCCGAGCCAUGCCGUGCCACAGUGCGCAUGAGGCAAAGGAUGAUACUGGAGGAGGCGCGCAAUGGUGCCCCGCCAUGUCCGCCGCUGCAGGAGAACGCAGGCUGCGCCGAGUACCGUGACCACGAACGACAGUGUCGCCAAACUCUCGUGCCAGCUCUCAUCACCACGGGUGGCUAUGGCAAUGCCAGGAAGAAGAGGCAAGCCCCGGAUAAUGGAGACAUCGCUGGGUACUGUGUGGAGUUUCAGCUGACCUCGUUGACGGAGGGCUGCCAGAGGAGUGUGGGGGCCCACACGCACUGGAUGCAGUACCUGAGGGAGGGCCACCACGUCUGCGUGGAGUGCCAGCCACCUGCCCUGGGGGCCGGCCAGACACACUGCUCCGGAGACGGGGAGAACGCCACCGAGGAUGGGACGCUGUCUCUUCAGUGGCAGGCGGUGGGGAACCCGAGGUGUCGAGGACUCUGGCGGAGGGUUCGAAGACAGGACGCCUGCUCCUGCCCCUCUGUACACAGCUUCCUGUUUAUCUGAAAUGACUUCCUGCUCAUCGAAAACCUGAUGGGGCCCGCCAACCAUGCAUAUAUGCAGUAUAUGUGUGUGUACAGUUUCAGGGGAGCGUAUUGUUCGCUAUAGGAGUGGCGAAGACCUGGAGUGUGCACCUAUACAGUAUUUGUCUGUGUUUAUCCUAAAAUUGUUUUUAAAUGAUUCAACAAAAUAGAUUUUGCCAAAGUGGCGCCCCCAUAGCCUUGGUCCCUGGACGACCGCCUGUUAACCCCCCACUCACUCCACUAUUGGAACAGUAUAUUGUAUGUACUUGCAUGUCUGUGCUGCAGAUAUUCAGGACACAUGCUU